UCCUGAGGCAGCAGACUGCAACCACCUGCCGUCCAAGCUUUCCAGCUCCAUAACAAAGACACAGUAUGGAAGCCAUCGCCAAGUUUGAUUUCUGUGCUUCGGGAGAGGAUGAGCUGAGCUUCCAGGCUGGGGAUAUUUUGAAGAUUUUAAGCUCCCAGGAAGAGUGGUACAAAGCAGAGCUGAGAAAUCAAGAGGGCUACGUUCCUAAGAACUUCAUUGAUUUUCACGUUCCCCCCUGGUUUGAUGAGAGAAUAUCCCGCCAUGAAGCAGAGAACAACCUUAUGAGCAAAGGAGUUGGUUCCUUCAUCGUCCGAGCUAGUCAGAACUCUCAUGGUGACUUCUCCAUCUCUGUCAGGCAUGAGGAUGACGUGCAGCACUUCAAAGUGAUGAGGGAUUCAAAAGGUAACUACUACUUGUGGACGGAGAAAUUCCAAUCACUAGACAAGCUGGUGGACUACUACAAGACAACCUCCAUCUCCAGGCAGAAGCAGAUCUUGCUGAGGGAUGACAGCCGAGGAGAGAAGGAGAGGCAUGGUGGGAGCCUGGAACGGAUGGGCCGGGAAGGGCUUCACCUGGGUGGAGCAGCUGGAGAUGUUCAUCAUUUUACAUCCAAGAGAUACGUAGAGCAUUCUGUCCCCGUAUUGCACCAGCAACAGGAUAGGUAUGGUGGGAGCCUGGACAGGAAAGAUGGGCUGCACGGCCAUACAGAUUACAGCGCAGGAAGGGCAGCAGCUGUGCAGCGGAGACACACAGAGCCGUUGCACCAGCCAGCACCACGAACGCUCUGGGUCCGUGCCUUGUACGACUUCGAUGCGGUGGAGCACGAUGAGCUGGGCUUCCGCAGUGGAGACAUCUUAGAGGUCCUGGACAGCUCCAACCCAUCGUGGUGGAAAGGGCGCCUGCGUGGGGAAUUGGGUCUCUUCCCUUCCAACUACGUCGCACCGAUGCACCUCUGAGGGCACAGAGUGCCCCAAAGGGCCAUGCUGGAGCUGCUCUGAUGUGGCAGGGACAGAGACGGAGCACAUGUUCCCUUGUCCCUGGGACAUAUAGUGUUUUUGUUAUUAUCUUAAUUUAUUGGCAAUUGAUCUUCUGAAGCAUUGGUAUGAAAGGGAACCUGUG